AUGCGAAACAUAGCAUCUGUCUGCAUAGGCGCAAGUUUGGCUGCUUCAAUCGCGGCGAACCCUUUGGCUCUGCCACGGAAAAGCAGUAUUGUUUUGAAUAGAAAUGAUGUUAAUAAUGACAACGAUAUAUCAGAUAUUGCAGGCCUUUUAUCUUCGGUAACAGAUGACCUGGCCAGUCUAAAUCCCUAUCUCUCUUUGCAAGCAACGUCAAUCGGCACCAAGGUCCGCUCCGUCGAUGCAGCUGCAGCUACUAUCUCCAACAUCUUCAGUCGGUCCCCCGCAGACCUAACUGUCGCAGUCGAAGAGUUGCUAUCGCAGGGACUCAUCGGCCAAGUAUUAGACUUGUUGGGUACUUUCCUAAACUCGUCUCUCAACUCAGUCGACAAUGACAACCCCAAAGACCCAGAAACAUCAAUCUAUCCGUCAAAAUCACCAGGAGACGCCCCCUACACACUCGAUGAGAACACCCUCCGGUCUGCAAUUUAUAUCCCGGAAUCCUUCUCAUACGGCGUCGGUGGUAAGAUCCCAGUCAUCCUCGUCCCUGGGACAUUCAUCCCCGCCGGCGUCACGUAUCAUUUCAGCUUUAGCAAACUGGGAGACUACGCGAACCUCGAUCCCGUCUGGAUCAACAUCCCCGGCGCAUCCCUGGGUGAUGCGCAGGUGAACGCCGAAUACGUUGCGUAUGCCAUCAACUACAUAUCCGGCAUCAGCCCUUCUUCGACUAAAGUUGCCGCCAUAUCUUGGUCUCAGGGAGGACUCGAUACACAAUGGGCUUUGAAAUACUGGCCCUCAACCCGCUCCAGUCUGAGUGAUUUUGUCGCCAUCAGCCCGGAUUUUCAUGGCACCGUGUUGGCUUAUUUUGUUUGCCCCGGAUUUCCCUUUCUGACCUGCACCCCUUCUGUGACACAGCAAGAAUAUACAUCCAAGUUCUCUGCAACACUGCGGUCCAAUGGUGGUAACUCGGCAUACGUCCCCACAACAACACUAUAUUCGAGCUUCGACGAAAUCGUCGAGCCAAUGAGCGGUACCAACUCGUCAUCGGCAUACAUGUGGGACGAGCGCAAUGUUGGCGUCACAAAUGCAUGGGUCCAGCAAGUCUGCGCGAACAAAAUUGGCGGCUCGUUCUACACCCAUGAAGGGAUGUUAUACAAUCCGUUAUCGUGGGCUCUAGCUAUUGACGCUAUCACGCACGAUGGGCCGGGAGACAUCUCGAGGCUGGACUUGGAUAAGGUCUGUUCGACAUUUUUAGCCGACGGGUUGGACCUGGAGGACCUUUUGGGGACAGAGGGCUUACUGUUACUGGCCUUAAUUAAUUUACUUACGUAUGGAAGCUGGACUGGGACAGAACCUUCUAUCAUGGCUUAUGCGCAGGAUUAG